AUGGGCCAGAUAUUUGUUGAAUUGUUAAGGGAGCAGACAGGGAAGUUAAACGUGUGGCCUUGUACAGCGAACCAAUAUUGAGUCCUAGUAGGAGAUAGCCCAUUCUAGAAAGCCCUUUCGCCUCAUCUUCCACUCAAACUCACCAUUCGCCUGAAACUUUCCUCAACCCUCCGUUGCACUACUCCGGCCAAUACCCGCUACAGAGUUCACUCUUUUAUAGGUUAUUUAAAUCCAUCAGUGUAUUAGAUGGCAAUCAUACCUUGUGGAAGCACAUGGGUUGUCCGGUGGGGAGUUCAGCCUCAGUGUAUGCUAAAAUCUCCUGUUACAAAUAAAUUAUCAGCAUCUCCAUUUUGUUUCUCAAGCAAGACAAGGGCAUUGGCAUCCCCAAAUUCAGCCUUCUUUUGUCAAGAAUCCCUGCAAGCACUUUCCAGUUCAGUGUCAAACAAGAACCAAUAUCAACGAAGGGGGACCCGUUUAGUUGUUAGAGCUGAAAAGGAUUACUAUGAUGUCCUUGGUGUAUCUAGAAACGCUAGCAAAUCAGAUAUCAAAAGUUCUUACCGGAAGCUUGCAAGGAGUUACCAUCCUGAUGUGAACAAAGAACCUGGAGCUGAACAGAAAUUUAAGGAGAUCAGCAAUGCUUAUGAGGUUUUGUCCGAUGAUGAGAAACGUUCCAUAUAUGACAAAUAUGGGGAGGCUGGCCUUAAAGGAGCUGGCAUGGGCGGCAUGGGGGAUUUUAGCAACGCCUUUGAUUUGUUUGAGUCUUUGUUCGAUGGCUUCGGUGGUAUGGGGGGUGGCAUGGGAGGUAGAGGUUCUCGGAGCAGGGCCACAGAAGGUGAAGACCAGGGCUAUAAUCUGGUUUUGAAUUUCAAAGAAGCUGUAUUUGGGGUUGAGAAGGAAAUUGAAAUUAGCAGGCUUGAAACUUGUGGCACUUGUGAUGGAUCAGGUGCAAAACCUGGGACUAAACCAUCGACCUGUAAUACUUGUGGUGGGCAAGGGCAGGUUGUGUCCUCAGCAAGGACCCCACUGGGUGUUUUCCAGCAGGUGACAACAUGCUCUGCUUGUGGAGGGACUGGAGAGAUUUCUACUCCUUGCAGCACCUGUAAUGGUGAUGGCCGAGUGAGGAAGUCAAAACGCAUUAGCUUGAAAGUUCCGCCUGGUGUGGAUUCAGGUAGUCGUUUAAGGGUUCGUUCAGAAGGUAAUGCAGGAAGGAGAGGUGGACCCCCCGGAGAUCUUUUUGUCAUGAUUGAAGUUCUCCCAGAUCCAGUAUUAAAACGGGACGACACCAAUAUUCUCUACAAUUGCAAAGUUUCUUACAUUGAUGCGAUUUUGGGUACAACCAUGAAGGUUCCUACAGUAGAUGGAAUGGUUGAUCUAAAGAUUCCAUCAGGUACCCAGCCUGGAACAACAUUGGUGAUGGCCAAAAAAGGUGUGCCGCUCCUGAGUAAACCGAAUAUGAGGGGUGAUCAACUAGUGAGGGUGCAAGUUGAGAUUCCAAAACGGUUGAGCAGUGAAGAGAGAAAGCUCAUAGAAGAGCUUGCAAAUCUAAACAAGCCUAAAGCUGCCAACAGUAGGAGAUAGUUUGUAGCUGAAACAAUCGGUUGUUUUAGCUUUCUAAUAGUUCCAGUGACGAAUAUUCUUGUGUGCUGGGUUUGAGAUUUGUUCCGCUAUUUACUCUACCUACUGGCACACUCAUAUGAAUGUUUAUUCCUCAAAGUCUAUAUAUAGCAUAGUUGUAGACAUAGACAAUUUUGAGUGUUGAUUUUGUAUUAUGUACUAUACCUACAUCAAGCGAAAUGCUGGUAAAAGAUCAAGAGGGCUGAGCGAAGAUUGUUGAUGUCUCAAUAUUUAUUCUAUAUUAUCAUUUGCUUCUCCAUCAAAA